UUAUCUAUUAAAUACUAACAAAUGUCUUAGGUUUAUGUACAGUAUACAGUAAAUAAUAUGUAUAAUCUAAAGCCUUUGUCCUCCUCUAUGUACAGUAUAUGGGCUGUAUGGAAAUCAAGCAGUCCAUGAGAACGUUACACUUUGAGACAAGAACACAGGUCACCAGGGAAGCCAUCUGUAGGGUAUGUGAGUCAGUCGGCAUCAAGAUCGGAAACAGGAAAAGAAAGGUGAGCAAAGAUCUGACCAAGAUCCUGGGAGCCAGUCCCAAUCUGCAGUUCUCCAACUCCAACAUCAACCUGACCAUCACAACGGUGGCUCUCAACCUGCUCAUUAUGGACUCUGGAGAG